AUAAAACAGCUGAACAGAUGAAUGGAAAGAAAUUAAAGAUAAUUCAUCUCUAAGAAUAUUUGAUAUAGAAGUUCUAACUGCUUUGCGAAAGACCUUUAAAAAGGAAAAAAGAAAAAUCACCAUUUCUCAAGACUAACCAAUUCCUUCCAACUUCUGCCAUGCUGCUUCUUUCAUAUUGGAGUAUUUUAGUCAUAAUCUUCCCUUAUUUACUACUUACCCAGGCCACAAUGUGGAACAUAACACUUUGUUCUUAUAAGAAAUUCAAUUCGGUUCGCAUUUCUUUGGACAAGGUUAAAUAUGUAAACCUAACAAGUGAAAAGGAUCAAAAGUGUUUCAACACUGAAUUUGAAUUAGACGAUGCAACAAAGCCAAGUUUUGUAGAAUUUGAUAACAUUAAUGUUGAUGAGGCAUCCAUUGAAAAUCGGGAUCUUCAAGAAACAUAUUUUGGCAAAUGUGGGAAGACUUUUUGUAAUGAGACAAUUAUCACACUAAUUAAAAUGGUACAAUGGACUAUGGAAGUUAUACGUAGUGAACCAAAUGAUGGUCAUCACUAUUCUUUUGAAUCUUGGUAUUAUGGGCACACUAAUAUUACGUUUAGAAGAAAUUCUAGAACUUCAAAUACAUCUUUCCUUAUUCCAAUGGACUGGAAUGAAAUAACGAGAAUAACUUUUUAUGGUAAAGGAAAUUUUUGGCUGGAUGCAGCGGUAAAACUGCAGAAUAUGGCAAAUUACAAAAUAUAUUCCUGUAUUUUCAUUCCUUAUCUGUUUAAUGUACUUGAUUACCAUAGAUGUUUCUUGACAAAUGAUUCCACAUGGAGAAUAGAACUAACUUCUCGAUCCAAACGGAUAGAACGUGCAAAACAAAUGAAGAUAUUUGUUGGGAUGGGUGACAGUAAAUCAAACUCUUCACAGACAAGGAACCAAACUCGUCUAGCAUUCCAAAAGUUAGCUCACCUCCCCACAAUAUCUGCUGUUACCAAUAUUCCGAAUGUAAGCAUCAGCGAGGUGGAAAUAGACUUCAGAAGCAAUAAAAAACCUUUCAAUAUAUCCAAGAUUGUCAUGACAAAGGUGCUUACUGGAGAAGAAUAUGGUUGUGUUAACAUAAAUAGGAAAAAUGCAAGGAAAUAUUCUUGUGAAGUUCUAAAAAGCAAGAACUGGCUGUUGAAAGUUAUUUCUCCUGAAGAACAUGAACGAACUUUCUCCGUAGAAAUAAUCCAAGGCACGUUAUCUUCUUUCACCAGACAUUUGAAAUGGAGGAAUUUCUGCACAUAUGGAGAUAGCUAUAUUAAGUAUUUUAAUCUGAAGACGUAUGAAAACUUGGAAAUCACAAGCAUAAAUCUCCAUUUUAAGAAUGAAUCUCUGAAAAUCAAUGAAAUAAGUAUGAUCAGCAAUUACACAGAGUUUAAAUUCAAUAGAAACGAAGACAGCAGCACUCACAAUUCCUCGGUGGCAGGAUUCUCUCGAAUAACAAAAGGUAUUUGGUGUUUCUGAACUUGUCUCGUUCAA